UUGUUUUAUCAAUUUUUCAGAAUGAAUGGGGGAAUGGAGCAUAGAACUCCAGGUCAUAAUGCAGUGCUUCACAAGGCACCGAAAAAUUAUAAACUUCUUAUGGAUCCAUGUCUUGUAAAGGGGGCUACAAAAUUGUACAGAUAUGAUGGUUGUGUGCCUGGAGAUGCAUCUUAUCCUCCAGUUCAGUGCAGAGAUCCUAGGUCGCAACUAUCAAGGAUAUGGAAUAAGUUAGAACCAGCAGAUUUGCCAGUUCCUAGAUUUAGGAUAGACAAAAACUAUGUAGGAAUUCCUCCACAAAUAGAAAUAACAGUUGGAAAUUUAAAUGACAACAUAGAUAAAGCGUUUUUGGCAGAAAUGAUGAACAAAGUUGGGCCACAUGAAGAGUUGACAAUAUUUUACCAUCCAGUUACUCAUAGGCAUUUGGGAUUUGCAAGAAUAGUAUUUCAAGAUGUAAAGUACUCUAAGAUAUGCAUAGAAAAAUAUAAUGGGAAGUCAGUCAUGGGUCAGGUGCUGGAUGUCUUUCAUGAUCCAUUUGGCAAAAAAUGUCAGGAGAUGUUUGAAGAGAAGACUAUGGAACGAAAACUACAGCCAGUGUCAACCAUUACAAAGUCCGCUGUUGUAGAAGAUUCUCGUUUGUCCAAAACUGAAUUGCUUAGCAAGAGACUAGAGGACACUAAAUUGACAGACAAGGAGGGAUAUUCGCGCUACAAGGAGGAUCAUAAUGACAGUAAUACUCGUUGGUCAGAUGAGGAGCGAGAGUAUAGGCAUCGCCAUCGCAGUCGAAGUGAGAGGGACAGAGAUAGUGAUAGGGACCGAGAUAGAGAUCGAGAACGGUACAGAGAACGUUACGCGCGGGGAACAAGCGAUACAAGUGAACCAGCUUAUGUGGCUCCGAGCCAUGCGUCUAGCCACGCCUCUAGCCACGCCUCCAGCCACGCCUCCAGCCACGCGUCCAGCCACACGCCCAGCCUCGCCGCUAGCCACGUGGCCAGCCACGCCAUCACCAUCGCUGCCAGCCACACCCCCAGCCAUGCUGCCAGCCACACUCCCAGCCAUGCUGCCAGCCACACCCCCAGCCAUGCUGCCAGCCAUACCCCCAGCCAUGGAGCCACUGCCAGCCACACUGCCAGCCAUGCCGCUAGCCAUGCCGCCCCCCAAACAUCUAGCCUCCCGCCCGCUCAUACAACGGAAGUACCUUUUACGCCCACUGGUCCUUUGCCCUAUGACCCUUAUUACCAACAAAGUUAUGGGUAUGGAUAUGGAGCGAGUCCAGCCCCAAGCGCGAGCGGUAUGUGGUGGGACUGGAGACAUCCCCACCACGCAACACAUCAUCAUCCACACGCGGAGCGGCGCGCGGGGCAGGCGGGGCCGGCGUGGGCGGGGGGCACGUCCGCCGCGGUGGGCACUUCCGCCGCGGGGGGGCACAUCCGCCGCGCCGCACUGCCGCGAGCGCUCGCCCGACCCGCCCGACCUACGCGACCGUACGACCAAAGACAAGCUUGUGAAACAUUUAAAUUGGUGUUGUUACUACAUUAUUGGUAUCAGUGCAUUAUAAUACAUUGUUGUAAGGAGGUGCGCGCUGAGAGCACGUGUGCGGAUACGGAGAACUUAGAGCCGCCGCCGCCGGGCGUGGGGCCGGAGUACUCGCCCGACCCAAAGCCGCCGCCGCCCGCAGAAGAGCCCAAGAACGUCGACCUUGACACCAGGAUCGCAAUGCUGCUGAAGGGCGCGAGCGGUGGCGGUGGGCUGGCGCCACCGUUCCUGGCGCUGGGCAUCUCGUCCGAGGAGGAGGACGACGAGCGCCUGCCCGCCAACAUGCCCGACCUCGACGCGCACCACCCGCCCUCCGACGACGAGGGAUCCGGCAGUGAAGAUCGUGGAAGCAUAAUUUCAAUAAGUAUGAAGAAGGAAAUGAACCCUGAACCACUUUCGAAUACACCGUCACCAUUUUUAAGUCGAGAGUUCUACCUUGACUGUUUAAGGGUCACUGUUGAGAAGAGACCAAUAGUGGAACAGCAGAACAAAGUGUCGAGCAUGGACAAGAUUGGUUCGGAUAUUUCAUCGUCGGAGGACGAAUUGCUAACAGGCGAAGAGCCUCGACGUUCACCAGCUGCGCCCCCUGAUAAGGACCAAGAUAACCUGGACGACGAUCAGAUGUCGCUGUCGUCGCUGUCGUCGACGGAGGCUAAGAUCGAGGAGCAAGUGCCGGCGGAGGCGUACUUCUACCCGCCCGUGACCGCGCACCCUCCGCCGCACCCCGCCUACUACCAGCCCAUGUGGCCGCACACAGCAUAUCCUCCGCCGACGUACACGACUCCUGAGAUGGCGAUGGCGUACAGUGCCGGGUAUCCUGCACCGUCCAUGUUAACACAUCACUUCCAGCCCUAUCCUCAGCCGGCGCCACAUCAACAGGAAUUGGAUAACCCACACUACCCGACAAUAAAUAGUGUGAUAGAGCGAGUUACAGCAGAAUUGAAGCAAAUCCUGAAAAAAGAUUUUAACAAGAAGAUGAUUGAGAGCACGGCCUUCAAGAGCUUCGAGUUGUGGUGGGAUGAGCAGAGUCGUAAGACUAGGCAACCUAAGACCACCAAACCCGAAGACACGGGCCAACCAUUACAGGAUAAUUCGAAUAAAAAAGAAGAGACGGUGGAUUCUAUAAAAUCAAUAAUGGAGUCACGAGACAUAGGGCUUGAGUUAGGAGGCUAUGGUGUCGGUAUUGGUCUGGGGCUACGCGCCGCCAUUCCUAAGAUGCCGAGUUUCAGACGCAAAAGAAAAAUACCCUCGCCCGUUGUUAUGGACGAAGACUCCUCUAAACGGCUCAGUGAUCAGGAAGAAAUGGUGCAAAACUCUGAUGAAGAGAAGGAAAUCCCGACGAGUCCUCGGAACAGGACGACUGGUUCAUACCUCUCGACGAGUAGAAGACGAGAGUCGAGUAGCUCGUCAAGGUCGUCGUCGUCGUCGUCGUCGCGGUCGUCGUGGUCGGGCUCGGGGUCGGAGCGCAAGGGCGCCGCGCCGCGCCUCUACUCCGACUCCGACACAGACACCGACCUCGACGAGGCCGAGUUUAAGGUGGUAUCUAACAAGGAGAGACUUAGGAGAGUGUAUUCCUCAUCAGAUAGCGAAGAGGAACAGAGUAGAAGAGAAAAAACUCCAAUACCUCCAGUGGAAAUGGACGAGGCGGGUGAAGAGUGUACACCCCUCGAGGCAGAAAGGUUGGGCUCACCUAUACAAUCACCUGAGGAAGAACCGCGAGAUCUUCUGCUUGAUCGUGUAUAUUCUGAUUCUGAAGAAGAACGAGAAUAUCAGGAAAGAAGAAGACGAAACACAGAAUACAUGGAACAGAUCGAAAGAGAAUUCCUGGAAGAGCAGCGGCGAAAGUUGGAGGGAGAUACAAGAACACAACCCGACAAACCGCCUGAUGAUAGCUUAAUGGAUAGUAAGCCUGAAGAUAUAAGCAGUCCAGUCAGAAACCAUUUGAAAUCACCAGAUAAAAGUAAAAAGACGGCGGAUUUGGAAGAAGGUGAGAUCACUUCUGAGGAAGAACUUUUAAAUUCCCGGCUGAAGAAGGACAAAAAACAAAAGAGGAAAGAGGAAAAGAGAGAAAGGAUAACUUCGGGUAGCGAUGAGCACAGUCACAUUGAGUCUGCAUUUGGGGUCAAUGGUAUUAAGGAGAAGACAAGCGGUGCAUUGUCGGAGACAUCAUCGCCCCAGUCGCAAGCUUCGCAAGCGUCCCAAGCGUCGCAGGUGGCGCUGGAUCACUCGUACUGCCGACCACCGCCCACGCCCGCUUCGCCCGCCUGCCCGCCUGCCCGCCGCCCCUCCAAUCAUCUGCACCACGACCACGGUGAGCCAGUCCGUAACUAUCUGCACCACAACCAUGGUGAGCCAGUCUGCAACCAUUUGCACCACAAUCACAGUGAGCCAGUCUGCAAGUAUCUGCACCACGACCACAGUGAGCCAGUCCGCAACCAUCUGCACCACGACCACGGUGAACCAGUCCGCAACUAUCUGCGCCACAACCACGGUGAGCCAGUCUGCAACCAUCUGCACCACGAUCGCAGUGAGCCAGUCCGCAACUAUCUGCACCACAACCACGGCGAGCCAGUCUGUAACCAUCUGCACCACGAUCACAGUGAGCCAGUCCGCAACUAUCUGUUGCGGGUGCAGACACCACAACCACGGUGA